AUGGCAGAAACAAAGAGUAGAAAGCCUGCAAAUACUGCAUUUAAGCAACAAAGACUCAAGGCUUGGCAACCACUUUUAACGCCCAAGACAGUUUUACCAACACUACUUGCCGCUGGUAUCAUCUUUGCCCCUCUUGGUGGCCUUUUUUUAUAUGAAAGCGAUACAGUGAAUGAAAUUGUGAUUGAUUAUACCGAUUGUCACAAGCAAAACAACUCAUUUCAAUACCUAACGCCUGACUUAUUCUCAUACAAGUUUACUUCUGAAAAUACAACAGUUGUCUAUGCACCCAGUUAUAGGUAUACACCUUCAGCCAACGACUUGAUAGGUGGCACAUGUUCUAUUCAAUUCAGUAUUCCCAUGCAACUGAAAGCACCGAUUUAUCUUUAUUAUAAACUAACCAACUUUUAUCAAAAUCAUCGUAAAUACGUGAAGAGUCUUAGUUAUAAUCAACUUCAUGGAGACAUCAUCAGUGAGGCUGAGGCUAAAGCUUCAUGUGCUCCGAUAGAUGUGAACCCGCAAGGACAGAUUUACUAUCCUUGUGGACUGAUCGCCAACUCAAUGUUUAAUGAUACCUUUGACAAUGUCACCUUUGUUGCUCCGCCCGGUAAUCAAGAGGUGACCACGAUCCCUUUUGAUGAAACAGGCAUCGCUUGGCCCUCCGACAAGAAGCGGCUGGCUACAACAACGAUGGAUCUGUCCAAAAUUGUUCCACCACCCAACUGGGCAAAGAGAUAUCCAAAUGGCUACACACCAGAAAAUAUGUUUCAUCCACAAGAGGAUGAGCAUUUUCAGGUGUGGAUGAGGACGAGUUGGUAUCCCACAUUUAGAAAGUUGUAUAGUGCAUUAAGGGAAGGUGUGUUGGAACCUGGAAUAUAUCAGAUCAAUGUCACGACAAAUUAUGAUAUAAGCCUAUAUGGAGGCAAAAAAUCAAUUGUACUUACAGGAACCUCGUUCCUUGGUGAUAGAAAUCCUUUUAUGGGAUUAGCUUGGAUUGUUAUGGGCUGUGUAUGUGCAAUCUUGGGUGUAUUCUUCUUGGGCUGGCAUUUCUUUAAACCAAGAAAACUUGGUGAUCAUGAUCGUUUAUCCUGGCAGCAAGCGAACAAUUAA